AUGGCCGCCGCUCAGGUGAUUUCGAAUUCAGGGCACGAAGAUAUGAUUCACGAUGCCGGCUUGGAUUAUUAUGGUCGCAGGUUGGCGACUUGUUCGUCCGAUAAAACCAUUAAGAUCUUUGAGAUUGAAGGAGAUUCACACCGCCUGGUGGAAACAUUGAAGGGCCAUGAAGGUGCCGUGUGGUGUGUCGCGUGGGCCCACCCGAAGUUUGGCACAAUUCUUGCCUCUUCAUCAUACGAUGGAAAGGUCCUGAUUUGGCGGGAACAACCCCAGAAUGCCACCUCUCCUGUCGCCAGCAGCACCUGGACCAAGGUGUUCGACUUCUCCCUCCACACGGCUUCGGUCAACAUGGUAUCCUGGGCUCCUCAUGAGAGCGGAUGCCUUCUGGCCUCUGCUUCUUCCGAUGGCCAUGUCAGUGUUCUUGAGUUCCGCGACAACAACUGGACCCACCAGACCUUCCAUGCCCACGGGAUGGGCGUGAAUUCGAUCAGCUGGGCACCUGCGGCGUUUGCGGGAAGCUUGAUUAGUUCGAACCCUGGACCGAGCCAGCAGAGACGUUUUGUAACCGGCGGCAGUGACAACCUCAUCAAGAUCUGGGACUACAGCCCUGAGUCCAAGACCUACAACCUCACUCAAACCCUUGAGGGGCACUCGGACUGGGUCCGGGAUGUAGCCUGGUCGCCUAGCAUUCUGUCCAAAUCUUAUAUUGCCUCGGCCUCGCAGGACAAGACCGUUCGCAUUUGGACGUCCGAUGCAUCCAACCCCGGUCAAUGGUCUAGCCAAACACUCGAGUUUGAUACUGUUCUUUGGCGCGUCAGCUGGAGUCUGAGCGGUAACAUCCUCGCGGUGAGUGGUGGUGACAACAAGGUUAGUUUGUGGAAGGAAAAUCUCAAGGGUCAGUGGGAGAAAGUGAAGGACAUUGAGGAGUAG